UCUGGAGACAUCAACGAAAUCCAAACACCAAACAGCAACGUCAUUUCUAAUCCAAACACCACAUAACCGUAUCGAGUUGCGCCAUUCAUCACAAUUCCAUGGCAACACCACCGUCUUUCACGCAAUCGCAGUUCGCCUAUGCCAACACCACCUACUUCCCUGUGCCCUUUCACCUUCAGCAACCUACAACCCCUCACUACAGUACAUCGUACGUCGCGGCUCCGGCUGUACAAAUCCCUGCGCCUCCAGUUGUUGGUCCCGUUCUUCCGCCGCCGGUGGCCGGCGUAUACUCCGUUCCCCAAUAUCAGGCACAUCAAUUAUUUGAGAGGGAUGCACAGAUAAUAACACCGGAGGCUCUUGAGAGUGUCAAGGCAGCGAUUGCGAGCAGUGACGUCGAGUACAAAGCUGAGACCAAGAAGAAAGCGGUUCCUCGCAAAGCUGCUGGCCAAACUUGGGAGGAUCCUGUUCUUGCAGAGUGGCCAGAAGAUGAUUAUCGGCUCUUUUGUGGUGAUCUUGGUAAUGAAGUGAAUGAUGAUGUUCUUUCAAAAGCAUUUUCACGGUUCCCUUCCUUUAAUAAGGCACGAGUUGUCAGAGAUAAGCGGACUGGAAAAACAAAGGGUUAUGGAUUUAUAAGCUUUGCCAAUCCUUCUGACCUCGCUGCCGCUCUUAAAGAAAUGAAUGGUAAAUAUGUUGGAAAUCGGCCAAUAAAACUACGCAAAAGCAAGUGGAAAGAGAGGACAGAUUACGAGGCACUGGAUAAACAGAAGAACCAAAUCCAGAAGAAACCGAAACUUCCAAGGAAGGGUGUUCUGCACAAGUGAUUUAGGCCGAGUCCGUUUAAGGCAUACUACCAACUUAACCAAGUAGAACAGUUUUCGAAAUAGAAUAUUUUUUCCAUGUGAAAUAUAUUUU